UCCGACAUGUUGGCUGUCGGGUGACCAGGCACAAACCGCGCCUUGGGGCAGCGCUUUAUGUCCUGACAUUGUAAACCGCCGCUUGGGGAGGCGGUUUGUAAUGCCGACAGUUAAACGCUGUCUCCUGAAGCGUUUUGUGGUAGGGUUAGCCUAUAACCGCGCCUUCCAGAAGCGUUUUUUUCUGGAAAUUAAAAACGUUGCCUGGAGGCGCGGUUAUAAUGUAAAACGCUUCCUGGAGGCGCGGUUUUAUAUAAACGAUGGUAUUUUUGGAAAUUAUUUGGAGUGGGUAGUAUUUUUGUAAUUUUUUUUAAACAGUGGUAGUUUUGGAUUUUUUCCGACUUCUGGAAGGGGCGCAUUUAUUAGAUAAAAGGUCAACGCGGGCUCUGCCCGUAGUUUUGAUGAUUCAUGAUAACUCGACGGAUCGCACGGCCUUCGUGCCGGCGACGCAUCAUUCAAAUUUCUGCCCUAUCAACUUUCGAUGGUAGGAUAGAGGCCUACCAUGGUGGUGACGGGUGACGGAGAAUUAGGGUUCGAUUCCGGAGAUGGAGCCUGAGAAACGGCUACCACAUCCAAGGAAGGCAGCAGGCGCGCAAAUUACCCAAUCCUGACACGGGAAGGUAAUACAUGCAACAAACCCCGUGUCAGGAUUGGGUAAUUUGCGCGCCUGCUGCCUUCCUUGAAUGUGGUAGCCGUUUCUUAGGCUCCAUCUCCUGAAUCGAACCCUAAUUCUCCGUCACCCGUCACCACCAUGGUAGGCCUCUAUCCUACCAUCGAAAGUUGAUAGGGCAGAAAUUUGAAUGAUGCGUCGCCGGCACGAAGGCCGUGCGAUCCGUCGAGUUAUCAUGAAUCAUCAAAACUACGGGCAGAGCCCGCGUUGACCUUUUAUCUAAUAAAUGCGCCCCUUCCAGAAGUCUGGUACAAUUUUAAUGGUAAUGUCUCCACUGUAAAGGUAUUGGUACCAAUGUAAAUUACUAUUGAUGGUAUACCUUUAGUGAUAUUAGCAAGUCGCAUUAUUUACCCUCUUACCCGUAUCCUACUACCACUAGGAAGUCACUAAUGAACUACGACUAAAUAACUACCACUAGAUGACUACGUGUCUACCACUAAAUGAGUACCACUAGGGGACUGCCACUAGGGGACUACCACUAGGUGACUAUCCCUACAAUAAUACUACCACUACCUAACUUGAAACAUAACUAAUGGUACAUUUUUUUUAAACAUUAGUUGUACCGAUAGUAAAACACUAAAAAUGGAAAGGAAUUCGUAACGGCUUAGGGGUUAACCUACCACCAUUGUUGGCAUCGAUGCUAUUCUCCGCCCCGCCGUCGUCGGCAUCAACGAGAUUGCCUGAGUGCAACAUGAAAUGGUCGUUCUUCUCCACAUCGAGGCCAUAUUGGACGUGGUCCGAGGUUCCGGAUGAUAUUCGUUCACCAGCUCCUCCACUUCCAAAACGUCGUCAACAUCCACCAUGCACACAUCAUCACCUUUGUCCGUCGGGUCCGCCUGGUCAGCUCCGGCCUCAUAUAUAUCCUUGUCGUUGCUUGUUAAUGGGACAUUCAGAUCGAACCCAAAUAAACACGUAGGUUCAGCUCCCACCUGUCGUCAUCGUUGAUGAUGUAGCCGUCCAUUGUAUGGCGGCGACCGCGUGGAUUGUAUUUCCGGAGGUAUUGUGGUAUGGUUUGAUGAGGGAGGAGUCAGAAAUGGAAGGGAAAGAGUCCCGCCCAAAAUCGGUUGUUCAGCUCCCACCAAUCACGCUCCCAUAUUUUCUCCAUGCAUUUAAGUUUUAUUUCAAAAUUAUUUCAUUUAGUUACUUACAAAAACACCCUUCGUGCGCUCCUGGACGCUGGAUAAAGGAGGACGGACGGCUAUAAAGUGGGAAGCGAGAUUGACAACCCCUUAGGGGUUGUCACGCUAUCCCCCUCCGUUAGACUGGCAUACCAACAUAAAUCGGUUUGACAAUCAUACAUCACGCCCAUUUAUUUAUUUAUUUAUUUUAUAAAUUAUAACAAAACGGAGAUAUUUGAAUGAGCAAGAGUCAGAGUCAGCAUCAAUCAGUCCAUCAACUUGUCAAUGCAAAAUCAAAGCCCACUUGCUUGCAGUUGCAGGAAUCGCAAAUCCGGAUAAACUCCCAGCAACUGCAAAAUACUAUCCCUAAAGCCAUCGCGCAUUUAACUACCUUACCCUACCCAAAUCUGUCCAACAGAAAGCAGCAAGUGGCAAUUACGGUGGACAGAUUAGAACAGAUAGAAAGAUAACCAAUGCCUACGUCUGCAACUUGCCCGCAGCCGACGUGCAUGGUGUGCCAGAUAACUACUAGGGAGGAAGAAGAACCAACCCACUGCCACUUGUGGAUGGAAUGAUGGAUGGAACAGACAGACAGACAGACAAAAAGCCUAUCAUUUGGUAUUAUCUGCAAAGUCGAAAUCAAGUUGCUACUCUGUUUUCUUCAUUAUUGUUUCCCCCGCCUAUCUAUACUCUUGUUUACACUUCAACUCAACCAAGCACAACAGUCUUUCAUCCCACACAUACAACAAAAUGAUAGUCAACUCAGCAUGCAAACACAUUGUACCUUCCUCCGACAUCAUGGAUGCUAGCUUGCGAUUGUUAUGCUGCUGAUACAUGCCACGCCCGAUGCGCUUCUCCGUGUUGAGCUUUAGAGCCAGCAAUUGAAUGGUGGUGUCUAUGUCUAUGUGGAAGUAAUCUUCAGUUUGUGAAUCAUAUCGACCGUGUCUCUGUCGACUCUUUCUUGUUGCAACAAAAUAUCAUCACAGGA